CCCGAAUGGACACCCCUAAUUAUGCCUUUUGGUCUGUAAAGUGAAGUUCAGGGUCGUCUGGACUUGGGAUAGUGAAUCGGGCCCUGCCAACCACAGAGGCGCUCAUUGAAAAGAAGGUUCCCCUGCUGCCCCGGUGUCCGGUUUGUUGGGAGGGCCCGGAGACGAUGGAGCACUUGUUUCUCUACUGCCCGGUGGCGCGGGCCCACUGGGACUACUCGGGGUUGGAUUAUUUAGGGGAGGCUUUGCCUCGCCACACGUUUCCUCUGUUUCUAAAGCGAAUGCUUUCCCUUAUCCAUGAUCCGUCGCUAUUUAUGGCGGUGGUUGUCAUCCUCUGACGGAUCUGGCGGUCGCGAAACUGGGUUGUCUUUGAAGGCAAACAGUUUGGGAUUCCGGCUUUAAUGCGCCAAUUUCACCAGCAAUAUGAGGAAUGGGUGGGUCUGCCGGUUGACCAGCAGCCAAGGAUGUCUUCUCGGGUGGUCCAUACUGGGACCCGCGUGGAUGACUCUCGGUUGGUUUGCAUGUGGGACGGGGCAACUAGGAGGAGGUCGCACUCGGCUGGUGGGAUGGUUCUUUAUGGUCCGGGUAGGACGGUCAUUCGGGCUAAAGGUGUGCAAUUUGCACGAUUGGAUGAGCCGAUGGUGGUGGAGCUGCUAGUGCUGCGUGAGGCUAUCACUUGGUGUUUAGAGUGGGGUUUGGCCGAUGUUCGGUUCGAGGGGGAUGCGAAGGUCAUUAUUGACAAGAUUAAUCAAGCUGAUUCGCGCGACAAUCACUUGGGGGCAGUCCUGGAAGAAAUUUGUCAAUAUUUUGCUGCCCAUCCGGGGUUUAGUGUGCGGUUUGUAGGUCGGGAUAACAAUUGGGUAGCUCAUUCGGUAGCUAGAAAAGCCCUCUCUUUGUACCCGAAUGGGAAUCGCUUGUUUGAUUUCAGAGCCUGACUGCUUUCCAGGAUGUAACUAUCGUGUUUGAUUGGAGUAAUAUAUGAUAUCUUUUGAC